AUGGAUACUGUUUGUUUGGUAUUUAUAAAGGCAGCAUUAAACCUAAUGGAAGAGGCAAAGUUUAAUCAUACAUAUGCGGCAAAUUCUGAAUUCACUAAUCAAGCUAGCUCCUAUGUUGAACCAGGACAAUCUACUGAUUAUAAUAUCAAAGAAGCAUAUCAGCUCUCUGAUCAUAGUAAAAAAUCUAAGAACUAAAGUUUCAAAGAAUUCAAAUUAAGGAAGAAUAGGAAAAAUUAAAAAGUUCAAGGAAGUGAUAUUCUGUAAAUUAAGCCAAGAACCUUAAAGGCAUUAAGUCAAUACAUGAAUGACUUUAGUAAUUUAAAUACGAAAAGUAUUAGCUAUCAUGAAAAUACUCGACAUUAGCAAAACUUUGAGGGCUAAAAGUAUAAAAUUAGUGAUAAAAAGCGAAAGUAGCUAAAGAAACUAAUCGUGCAUCUGUUUAAGUAUCACUUUAUUGGCGAUAAAAUUGAUGAUUAUAGAACACAUGUCAUAAGGAUAUUCUUUACAAUAAAAGUUCUUUAGAAUAACAUUCUUGCACAUUUCUUGAUGAACAACUUCCUAUAUCACACAAACUUUGAUUCUGUCAUUAGUAGGAACAAGAUUAUUCUUCACUAGCAAUACUUUGACAGUAAAAUCAACGAAAAAUAUCAAAAAAACUCUCAAGUAUUCAACUAAAACAACUUGCAAAAAAUGUUAGAUUUGAAUUAACUAAUCUCUAAAUUUGAAAAAAGACUCGAUAUUAUAUCAACAAAUAUUGCUAAAUUCUGGAAAACAUUAAUUCAGGAAAAAGAAUCGUUCUCUGUAUAUGAUAAAGGACUGAAAAUUUCGACUAAGCUUAACAAACUCAAUGAGCUCUAUGAGUAGAUACAGGUGAAGCAAGGAGAAUAAAAAGAGAUCAAAGUCUAUGUUCUAAUGUCUGGCUUCUUCAGAUAUGUAAUCUUUAAGUAGUAAGAAUCCCAAAUUGAAAUUCAGAAAUCAAGACAGGUUUAUCAAACUAAGAAAAUUGCAACAUUCAAUAGAGAAUAAGAUUUUACUAAUGAAAAGGGUCUUCUUAUUGCCACACUUGAUAUGAAAAAACCAAUGGAGGUAGAAUUUAUUAAUAAGAAUUGUAUGAAGCUAAUUCAAUAUAAAUAAUAAGAAGCAAUAGGCAUGAAAGUUAAUAGUCUGAUGCCUCAACAGAUUGCUGAAAAUCAUCAUAAGUUUAUCCAAAGGUUCAUGUCCACUGGAAGAUAUGGAGUUAUAAAUCAAAAGAGAGAAUUAUUUGUCAAAAUAAAAAGUGGAUAUCUAGUUCCAAUCAUUACUUACCUCUGCAUCAAUCAUCACAAUAUCAGAAAUCUUAUACUUAUUGUAGAAAAAAAUGAAAACUAUAGCAUAUUUUAAGAUGAGGAAGAUGAUGUUGUUUCAGAUUAGGCCCCUAAUCACAAACUUACUGGAAAACAACGAUCGCAUUUUUUAUUAGCUGAUAAAGAUCUCAGAAUCUAUGAGAUGAGCGAAAAUGUGUAGAAUAUAAGCGUACUAUCAAAUUCUUUGAUUAAUUAGAUUAAAUAAUCAUAUGGAUAUUAACCGAGCCUAGAUGAUUUGUUUUACAAUCUAAACUUAAAUAGUGACCUCAAGGAUUAGCAUGAUAAUGGAAUCAAUGAAUUCGAAGUUCAUAUCAAAAGUAAUGCAACCUAAAUUUAUGAUGAAAUGAUCUAACACGGCAAUGAUUCCCUAGAUAAAGAAGAGUAAAAAUUGGAUAACAAAGCUAGAUAAACAUAAUUUGCUAGCAGAUUUUUAAGAGAGUAAGGUGAUACGACCUACCUUUUAAAAAUAUCUAAUCUUUCACUAAUGGGAGGCUAAUUUAUCUUAAAAGUAAUAGGUCUUAAACCAUUAUGGUCUGGUGCAUAAAGUACAACUGCUUUUCCAAUAUUGCAUAUGGAAUCUUUUAAGCAAACAAAUGGAACAAUAAAAAAUAUUUAGAAUGCUGGUAAUCAGCCUUUAAAUCAAUAGAUUAAAAUUUCAAUGAGCUAGCAGAGGUCAAAUGACCAAUAUGAAGAGGAAUCUGAAAAUAAUUUUGACAUGAGUAGUCAGACAUCAACGACUUCUAGCUCUUCGACUAUAAUGUAGAAAUUUAAUCAAUAUAAUAAUUCUGUUAAGAGCUAAAGAAUACCAAUCACAUUAAAGGUCAUUCUAUAGAUCGUUAUAGUUGUGUUCUUGAUUAUUAUUGUCACUAGUACAAUCACUCUUUCCCUCACUUUGAGUAAUUCUAAUGAUGCAAGAACUGGAAUAAAAGUUAGCAAUCUUUCGAUAUCAAGAUUAAAUAGUAUAACACAACUUAGAGUUAUAUUUAGGCAGCUCUAUAAUAUGGCUUAGAAUUAUGUACCCAUAAAAACAGAAUUAUUAGACAAUAGAUUUGAAUUUUAUACUGAAUAUUGCUAAUAAGUCAUUGAAAGUCUCAGAAAAGAUCAAGUAUAACUAUAAGUUUAUGAUUCUGAAAUGUAAGGAGAAAUACCUGAUAUCAAACUCACUUAUCUUUAGAUUGAUAACACCUUAGUUUAUGAAUAUAGAGUAUUAGGGCAGGCUAUAAAUCUUUACGUAGCUAAAUGUGAUGAUCUAGUAUAAAGAGCUAAAUUGUAUGGGGUAAAGUAUCUUGUUAGUGAAUUGACAUAUUUUGUCUUUGCAAACUAAGUAGCAGAAAGUGCUACACUAACUGAGAGAGAUGGAUUUUUCAUUAUUGAAAAUGGUAAUUAAGACUUGUUUUAUAGAUUAAGCUAGUAUGCCAAGCUAUUCAGUUAGAAAAAGCAAGAUAGUAUCGAGGUUAAGGUAUAAUUUUCAAGUAUAAUGUCUUGGGUUUGUAUUGGAAUUUUAGUAGCCUGCGGACUCUCAAAUAUACCCUUAUUCAACAGAAUUUAGGACAGGAUUUUUGUUCUAAUGAGAAUAUUUUUCACAAUAGAUAAGCAGAUUAAAAACUAGAUGGUAUUAAGGAUAAAUAAAUUUCAAAUGGUUCUCAAACCUCCUGAAUAAGAAGAUGAUAAUCAUCAACCUGAAGAAAAUGUACCUGCAACUGUUGAUCAUGCUAAUUAGCAAGAAAAUACAGCAGAUUUAAAUCCUAAAUAAAAUUAAAAGAUGCUUUUCUCAAAUUUAUUUAAAAAGAGGUCUCAAUAGAAAAGAGAUAAUACCCUACCAUCAAGUACCAAAUACAACACUUCAAAAUUCAAACCAAAAAAGAAUAAUAGAAAGUAUGCAGAUAAAGAGGUAGAGAUGAACAUUGAAGAAAUCGAGGAGGAAAGUAAAGAAGAAAUAUAAGAUUAACAAAUGGAAGUUGAGGAAGAUGCUUCUCCGUCAACUUCUCAAAAUCAAAGAUAAAAGAAAAAGAACAAAAGAAAAGGUCGUAAAAAUUCAGGCUAUUAGGAAAGUGAAGAAGUUGAUAAAACUUCAAAAAGACAAUAGUAGAAAUAGCAACAGUAAACUAAUGCACUUUUGAAGUUCUUUGCAAAUUAAAUAUAGAAAAGGAAAAUUACUCAGUCGCUUAUAGUGAUUCUAAUGACUGUCAUUUUCAAUUCAUACUUUUUGGGAACAUACUUUUUGAGUACUUCAACAUUCAAUUAAAUGUCUGAAAGCAUUGAGAUUAUCUUUAGUCUCUUUAAUAGGAAAUCAUGUGCAGAAAAUACAAUUCAUGCAAUCACAGAGGCUAUAAUUGCUAAUGAAACUUAUUUGAUUAACAAUGAACAAGAUGAAAUAGUUGAAUACUUUAGUAAAACUUGUGAGGAUGUUGAGAGUAAUUACCAAAAGAGGGUCAGGAGAAAUAAGCCUCAAUACUUGGAAGGGAUAUAUAGCUACUUGGAUAAAUUAGAAGAUGGAACAUUUUGUUAAGAUACUUUCAAUGAUGGAUAAGAUGGCUUUGACUAGGUAAUCAGUGUUGUAAAUGUAGAUACUUGCUAAACCUUUGGAAACUCUAUCUCCAAAUAAGGCAUAACUUAAAUAUAUCAGCAGAUAUAUUAGAUAUGCAAACAAAUGCUACUUGAAUAUUAAGGAGCUGAGAGAACGGGGUAAACUGGUAACAUUUAGUUAUUGCUGAAAAUAAUAGCAAAGCCAAUGACAACAUUUGAUGUGCUUGAGAUUGUACUUCAGAAGCCAAACAUUCUUUUAAACGAGAUUAUUUUGGACAGUCUGGAUUAAUUCUUCAGUGAAUCAGCAAUGAUUUUCAUUGUCAUCUUUGUUAUAUUCAUUCUGUUCACAGUGAUAAUCAUGACCGUGUUUUUAUUCAGUAAUUAAAUCCUUUUUGGAAUAACUCUUUUAUAGAUAUUUUUAAGAAGUUAAGAAGGGAGAUGA